AUGUCCGCCAACGGUGUUGAUCCUCCUCUUCAGCCAUCCUCGCGAUGGAUCCAGGUCCCCUCAGACUCAGACGGCCAGACUUCAAUAAGACUUCACGUCAAACACCUACAGCCGCCAAAUGCCGAUCCUUCUGCGCCAACGAUUCUCUUCCUCCCGUUUUGGGGAGGAUGUGCCUCAACAUAUGAUGCCAUACCCUCUCAUGCCGCGGCUGCUGGACUCAAGAAUAUUGGUGUAGCCCUGUCUUAUCGCGGCACCGGCGAAUCUGAGACUAGCGACGCCGAUUCCAUACACGAACACUCUGUCGAAGCGCUUGCUAAUGACGUCUUGGCCAUAAUGCGUAGCGAGCAGAUUUCCGAUCUUGUACCGAGUGGAGAGUUUGUGGUUGUGGCCCAUAGUAUGAGUGCUAAGGUUGCCUGGCUUGUGCUGAGAGACAUAGGACGAGGGCUUUUUCUCCACGGUGGCAUACAGAAGGUGGUGAUUCGGUCAUUGUUGUUGCUUGCCCCAGCUCCACCAGGACCGUUGGUGCUACCUGCGAAUAUCCGCCAGCAGCAGUUGCAGGCCUACGAGAACCUCGAGAACGCAACUUUCACUGUGGAAAAUAUCCUUACCAACGGAAAUCUGGACGACGGUUGUAUGAAUCAACUGGCCAGGGAUGCGGUUGCAAUGAGUACCGGCGCAAAGAACGGCUGGGUGGAACUGGGGAUGAAGCUGAAUUGUACGGAAGUGGUUGACCAGGUGGUAAGAUUGGUGCCAGACUUAAAGAUUUGUGUGCUUGCUGGACGUCAGGACGUCGUCGAGACUGUGGAACGGGUGCAGAAGGAGACGGUAGACGUACUAAGAGGACUGAGGGGUGGUGUGGUGUCGUUCAAGGUCGUUGAAAGCUGCGGGCACUUACUGCCCGUUGAGGCGCCGGCAGAGGUGGUCAGAGAGCUGAAAAGGUUGCUAGAAGGUUGUUGA